AUGCCCUCGGGGACAGGCAAAACAGUAUCUCUCUUAUCGUUAAUUGUAGCAUAUCAACAGUACUAUCCCGAGCAUCGAAAACUGGUCUAUUGCUCACGAACCAUGUCAGAAAUUGAGAAGGCUUUGGCAGAGCUUAAAGCAUUGAUGAAAUAUCGGGCAGAUCAACUAGGUUAUGAAGAAGAUUUUCGAGGUCUUGGAUUGACGAGUCGCAAGAAUUUGUGUCUUCAUCCUUCCAUUAGACGGGAAAAAAGUGGAGUCAUCGUCGACGCCAAAUGUCGAAGUCUUACGGCGGGAUUCGUGAAGGAAAAGAAGAGCAGAGGAGAAGAUGUUCCAGUUUGUAUAUAUCACGAUAAUUUGGACUUGAAAGACCCACACAACCUCGUUGACCCUGGUGUCUACACUCUCGAUGGGCUCAUGAGAUACUGCGAACGGGAAAAAAUUUGUCCAUACUUUGCAUCACGGCGCAUGAUUUCUUUUUGCAACGUUAUUAUCUAUUCUUAUCAUUAUUUACUCGAUCCCAAAAUAGCGGAACGAGUUUCCAAGGAACUUUCAAAGGAUUGUAUUGUUGUUUUUGAUGAGGCUCAUAAUAUUGAUAAUGUCUGCAUAGAAUCUUUAAGUACUGAUAUAACAAAUGAUUCCUUGCGAAAGGCAACACGCGGAGCCCAAAACUUAGAGAACAAGAUCGCUGAAAUGAAAGAAAACGACAAAGAAAAGCUUGUCAAUGAGUAUGCGAAAUUAGUGGAAGGUUUGAAAGAUGCAGAUGAAGCACGUUCAGAGGAUGCAUUUAUGUCGAAUCCAGUUCUUCCGGAUGAUCUGUUAAAAGAAGCCGUGCCAGGAAAUAUAAGACGUGCUGAGCAUUUUGUUGCAUUUUUAAAGCGUUUUAUCGAGUAUCUUAAGACUCGAAUGAAAGUUCGGCAGGUCAUAUCAGAGACACCCCCUUCUUUCCUCGCCCAUCUCAAAGAAUAUACGUUCAUUGAGAAAAAGCCACUUCGAUUCUGCGCCGAGCGACUGACUUCCCUGGUGCGAACUCUGGAAUUGGCAAACAUUGAAGAUUAUCAACCACUUCAGGAAGUUGCAACUUUUGCCACUCUAGUCGCCACAUACGAGAAAGGAUUUUUAUUGAUUCUCGAACCAUAUGAAUCCGAUGCAGCCGAGGUGCCGAAUCCAGUCCUUCAUUUCACCUGCUUAGAUGCCGCGAUAGCUAUCAAGCCAGUCUUUGAUCGCUUCAGUUCAGUUAUUAUUACCUCUGGUACCAUCUCGCCCCUUGAGAUGUAUCCAAGAAUUCUGGGGUUUAAUACCGUCGUUCAAGAAUCGUACAGUAUGACCCUGGCACGUCGGUCUUUUUUACCAAUAAUUGUUACUCGAGGUUCAGACCAAGUGGCAAUUUCAUCUGGAUUUCAGGUCCGAAACGAGCCAUCCGUGGUACGAAAUUAUGGACAUCUCCUUACCGAGUUUGCCAAACUAACUCCUGAUGGAAUGGUCGUUUUUUUCCCUUCGUAUCUUUAUAUGGAGUCGAUCAUAAGUAUGUGGCAGGGUAUGGGAAUACUAGAUGAAGUCUGGAAGUAUAAACUCAUCCUUGUGGAAACACCUGAUGCACAAGAAACAUCUUUAGCGCUCGAGACUUAUCGUACGGCGUGUUGCAAUGGACGAGGUGCUAUACUUCUCUGUGUAGCGCGUGGAAAGGUUAGUGAAGGAAUAGACUUCGACCACCAAUACGGCAGAACAGUGUUGUGCAUAGGAGUUCCCUUUCAAUAUACAGAGUCUAGAAUUCUCAAAGCAAGAUUAGAAUUUUUGCGAGAAACAUAUCGCAUACGGGAAAACGACUUCUUAUCUUUUGAUGCCAUGAGACAUGCUGCGCAAUGCCUGGGUCGUGUUCUUCGAGGUAAAGACGACUAUGGAAUUAUGGUACUGGCAGAUCGGAGGUUCCUGAAGAAAAGAGUACAGUUGCCGAAAUGGAUCAAUCAAGCGCUGUUAGACAGCGAAGUUAAUCUAAGCACUGAUAUGGCUGUUGGUGCAGCUAAAAAAUUCCUAAGAGGAAUGGCUCAACCGUUUAACGCCACUGACCAAGAAGGGAUCAGCACAUGGAGCAUAGUAGAUCUGCAAAGAUUUCAAGAGAAAGAGGGUGAAGAACUAAUCCAGAAUUUGAGUAAAGAACUCGCUAGCAAAAAUUUGACAAAGCUGGAAGAGAAGCCAAUUAAAGAAGAUGAAUUUGACUUCGACGAAGAUGAAUUAGAACUGUCUAUUAUGGACGUGGAUGCUAAAUGA